GUGGGAAAAUUUCAGUGAGCAAGUAAACUAGUACUAAAUUUUGAAUAAUGAUGGUAAAUAAACCAAGCUUCACAAAGAAAAACGUUUAGUUAAAAAUGAAAUUCUCUUACAAGUUCUCCAAUCUCAUUGGAACAGUGUACAAACAAGGAAAUAUUAUAUUUUCCUCCCAUGGUGAUCGGGUUUUGAGUCCUGUUGGCAAUCGAGUGACAGUUUUUGAUUUAAAAAGCAAUACAUCUUUGACCCUACCUUUUGAGAAUGGAAAAGAUAUUACUUGCAUCGCAACAUCGCCUGAUGAUAGUCUUAUUCUAGCAAUUGAUGAAGAUGGCAAAAGUAUUUUGUUCAGUCUACAAAGCUUGGCUGUUCUUCAUCAUUUUAAUUUUAAAACAAAAGUUCAUGAUUUGAAAUUUAGCCCUGAUGGAAGAUUCUUUGCAGCCACAGUUGGGAUGCAAAUGCAAGUAUGGUUCGCACCGGGGCACACGAAGGACUUUUCUCCUUUUACCCUUCACAGAACAUACACAGGACAAUAUGAUGAUACUGUUUCAGUUGACUGGUCAUCAAAUUCCAGAUUUUUGGUUGUAGGGUCUAACGAUAUGACUGCUCGUGUUUUUUCAAUUGAUCCCGUUAUUGGUUUCAUUCCUGUGACUUUAACAGGACAUAGAAAUUCCAUAGUGAAUUGUUUCUUCGAAGAGGAUUCUCUAAAAAUUUUUACAGUCAGUAAAGAUGGUGCGUUAUUUACUUGGUCGUGUAGUAAAAAUAUCGAUGAUAUUGUGAUGAAGGAUAAGAAUAUUAUUGAUGAAGAUUCAGAAAGAGAAAUCGAUGUCAGAUGGAAAAGAGAAUUCAAACACUUCUAUAACCAAGAUAAUACUGAAUUAACUUGUUGUGUUCUUCAUAAGAAAAACAAAAUUAUGAUUGCUGGAUUCUCGUCUGGGAUAUUUGCACUUCAUGAGCUUCCAGAAUUUAAUUUAAUUCACACGUUAAGUAUUUCUCAGAAAUCUGUUUCAACUGUUGCAGUAAACAUGAGUGGUGAAUGGUUAGCGUUUGGUUGCUCGUCAGUUGGGCAACUAUUGGUUUGGGAAUGGCAAAGUGAGUCGUACAUUCUUAAGCAACAAGGCCAUUUUUAUGAUAUGAAUGUUCUCUCGUAUUCCCCUGAUGGACAACUAAUUGUAACUGGAGGAGACGAUGGCAAGGUAAAAGUGUGGAAUACAUCUUCGGGCUUUUGUUUUGUAACAUUUCAUGAACACACUGCUGGAGUUACUGGUGUUAAUUUUAUAUCUAAUGGCCAAGUUGUUCUUAGCUCUUCUCUUGAUGGUACAGUUCGUGCUUUUGAUUUGAAUAGAUACAGAAAUUUCCGAACUUUUGCGUCGCCUCGCCCAGCUCAAUUCUCUUGUUUGGCGGUCGAUAAUAGCGGUGAAGUCAUCUGUGCAGGGUCUCUAGAUACAUUUGAAAUAUUUCUUUGGUCAAUGCAAACAGGACGUUUACUUGAGGUAAUAGCUGGACAUGAAGCUCCAGUUUCCAGUCUUUGCUUCAGUUCAUCGCAUCCAGUUCUUCUUUCCGGCUCGUGGGAUAAGACAGUUAAAAUUUGGGAUGUUUACUCCAGCAGAAUCGCCCGAGAGACGCUUCUUUUAAAUUCAGACGUUAUUGCACUAUGUGUAAGACCAGAUGGAAAUGAGGUGGCUGUCGCAACAUUGGAUGGUCAACUGGCAUUCUGGAACAUUUCAACGGCUCUUCAGUCGCACUCCAUAGAAGGUCGCCAUGAUUUAGGCGGAGGAAGAAAAUCCAGCGAUAGAAUGACCGCUAAAACGUCUUCAGCUUCCAAGUGUUAUACAAGUUUGUGUUACACAGCUGAUGGGACGUGUUUGUUGGCAGGAGGGAAAUCCAAAUUUAUUUGUAUUUAUAACGUAGAACAGCAGAUUUUGAUGAAAAGAUUUGAAAUAUCUCGCAAUCGAUCAUUCGAUGCUAUGCAGGAAUUUCUAAAUAGUAGUCAGAUGACUGACGCUGGACCACUGGAUCUUAUUGAUGACAGUGAUGAUGAAAACGAUGGAAAAAGACUUCCUGGCCUUCGUAAGGAUAAUAUGAGUUCAAGAAGAGUUAAACCUGAAAUUAGAGUGAAAUGCGUUCGAUUUUCACCGACAGGCCGUGCUUGGUCAGCUGCCACGACUGAGGGAUUGCUAACGUAUUCACUAGAUGUUGCCAUGGUAUUUGAUCCUUAUGAUCUAGCUAUGGAUGUAACACCGAAAAGUAUAAAAAAAGUUUUAAACAACAAGGAGUUUGCCAAGGCUUUGAUGUUGAGUUUCAGAUUGAACGAACAAGAUUUAAUUCUUCAUGUAAUUGAGAGUAUUCCGUCAGAGGACAUUCAACUUGUGGUGCAGAAUCUCAACGAUGUUUACGUGGAUAAACUGUUACUAUUUGUUGCGAGCCAAAUUGAAAUAUCUAAACAUUUACACUUUUAUUUACUGUGGUCUUAUCAUUUGUUGAGUUGUCACGGCCCAAAACUAAAGCAACGAGCUGGAGAAAUAAUGCCAUUAUUACGAACAUUGCAGAAAAAUAUGACAAGACAUCAAAAAUAUCUUGGGAAUAUUUGCGAUAGUAACCGAUAUAACCUUCAGUUUAUUCUGGAAACAUCAAAGUUUAAAAGACAGGAAAGUGAUGAAUUAAAUAAUCUUAUUUCAACAAAUGUCGCUAUGAUGGACGAUGGAGGAUUUUGAAUUAUUAUGGAAGUUAUUUGAACAUCACUGUUUGAGUAACACCUUCAAAUUCAUGCCUGAAAUUAAUGGCAGUUGUAAUUUAGAUCGAGGCCAUUAUCCACCAUGGUCCACUGUCAAUGCCAACGAGGCUUUACCCAUAAGAAGACCCAACCCAAGUCAUUGCUGUUCCAUUUACCGUUUAAACGAUUGGUUUAGGGAUUAAACGAUUUAUUUGCACACGAACGUCGUUUUUGGGCGUUUUCAAAAUCGUCCACACGACCCAAGGAAAGUAUUCUUAUUUCUUAAUAUGUUAAGUUAGCUUCUGUUGACACUGACGGUGUUUGCGUUUUGACAUGAAAACCUAACGUGAAAACGAAUGUGAAAACGCUCGAAAACGUUACCGCGUGUGCACAGAGCCUGAAUUUGAAAUUCGACAUUGUAUAUUUUGCUGUUAGGUUCCGGUUUGUAGACGCAAAUUUCACAAGGUUUUUCUUUUUAAAAAAAACAAAAGAGCGCCAUUUUUUGAGAGAACAUUUUUAAAGGCGCUGAUACAUUAUGCAAUUUUCUUUGAAACUUGCAGUGCAAUUAUAAUUUUGAGUGAUGUUAAUUAGAGUGUUCGAAAUGAUAAGAAAACGUUAGCAGAUCGUAAGAAAUGUUCGUUUUUGUCAACUUGUAAUUUGCAAGGAAAGUUGCAUAGUGUAACGACGCCCGUAAUGCUUGUUUUCCUAAUUCGCGUUGUAUUUGUUGUAAUUUGUCGUAAUUCGGUUUUCAUAUGACUGUGGGAUUUCGCAUAACAACGAAUUACGACGAUUUAUGUAAUAUGUAAACCAGCAUUAAGCCUUUAAGGGCGACACUGGGUGUAUCAUACAGGGUGUAUAAAAAAAAACGCAACCACUACUGAAUAUUCUAAAAUUCAUAUUGCUCAUAAGC